AUGAGAACUGGUUCUGAUAUGGACUGUGAAAAAAGGCCUGGGUCCUGUAAGGAGAUGAAGCUACCUAGCAGGGUAGGGAAGGCCCCAUCCCCAUCUGACUUUCUGGAUAAACUCAUGGGAAGGACAUCUGGAUAUGACGCCCGCAUUAGACCCAACUUCAAAGGUCCUCCUGUGAAUGUCACCAUCAACCUGUUCAUCAACAGCUUUGGGUCCAUCACAGAAACCACUAUGGACUAUCGGCUUAAUGUGUUUCUACGGCAACAAUGGAAUGACCCACGACUGGCCUAUAAAGAGUACCCUGAUGACUCUCUGGACCUGGAUCCUUCCAUGUUGGACUCCAUCUGGAAACCUGACCUUUUCUUUGCCAAUGAAAAAGGGGCAAACUUUCACGAAGUCACCACAGACAACAAACUGCUGCGGAUAUUCCAAAAUGGGAAUGUCCUCUACAGUAUCAGGUUAACUCUGAUCCUGUCCUGCCCUAUGGAUCUGAUGAACUUCCCUAUGGACAUUCAGACAUGCUCUAUGCAGCUGGAAAGCUUUGGCUACACCAUGAAUGACCUGUGUUUCCAGUGGCUGGACAUUGGCCCUGUGCAGGUGGCUGAUGACCUGAUGCUUCCUCAGUUUGUGUUAAAGGAGGAGAAAGACUUGGGCUACUGCACCAAACACUACAACACAGGUAAAUUCGCCUGCAUCGAGGUAAAGUUCCACCUGGAGAGACAGAUGGGUUACUACCUGAUCCAGAUGUACAUCCCCAGCCUGCUAACCGUCAUCCUCUCCUGGGUCUCCUUCUGGAUCAACAUGGAUGCAGCCCCAGCUAGAGUGGGCCUUGGUAUCACCACAGUGCUCACCAUGACAACACAAAGCUCUGGGUCCAGGGCAUCCUUGCCUAAGGUGUCUUAUGUGAAGGCCAUUGAUAUCUGGAUGGCUGUGUGUCUUCUUUUUGUGUUUGCUGCACUGCUGGAGUAUGCAGCAGUAAACUUUGUCUCACGACAGCACAAAGAGUUCUUCAGACUGAGGAAAAAGAUCAAAGAACAACAGCGGCAGAGAACUGUGAGUAUGAGACCCUGUGCAGCCCACUCCCUCAGGCUGCUGUCACCUGCUAUUCCCUCUAUGCCCUGUUAUGCAGCACAGGGAAGUGGAACUGGUGAGAGCAGCAAAGUGAAAGGUAACAACGUGCCAGGCAACAACACCUGCCAGGGGACCUUGUCUGGCCCUCAGCAGUGCAGUGUCUGUGCCAGGGAGCAGGAACUGGCAGAGCAGAGUCAGGCCUAUUUUCUCCAUAGUUAUGGAGCAGCAGAAGAUGCACCACCAGAGAUGGACGCCCCAAUCUUUCAGGCCUUACCUCCUGGGUUUCCACUGUAUGACAUCCGCAGGCGGUUUGUAGAUCGGGCAAAAAGGAUUGACACUAUAUCCAGGGCUGUGUUCCCUCUGACUUUCCUUUGCUUCAAUGUUUUCUAUUGGCUCACGUACAAAGUGCUACGGAAUGAAGCCAUCCAAGCUACUCUGUGACAAACCAACAUCUGUGGACUGAAUUAUAGCACUAGAAUCUAGUCUUCCACAGAACACUUUGAGACGGUGUUAGAGAUCCAUCAGCUGUGCCAAUGGAUAAAUAACUGACUGCAUGUCCAGUUCCAUUCAUUUUUUUAUAAAAGUAAGCAAACUUGAUGUCUCUUCGAAGUGUCAUCCUUAAGUUUUUUUUACAAUUCCAAUGGAACACACUAAUGGCAUAUAAGCCUUCUUGCACUAUGGAUACUUUCAAUGUCACCCCCAUGGAGGGCACAAGUCCUGAUAUUGAAGCAGGACUGCAUGGAAAAAUAUAUAUUUUUUAGUAUUUCAGAAUUGUAUUUAUUUUGUACUCUUGUGGUUUGCCACAUUACCGUAUUGGCAAAUCAUAAACCCCUACAAAUAUAUUGAUUUCAACAUAUGGUACACUUUAUGUAAUUGUACAUUAUUGGUACAGAAGUGAAUGCUGGACAUAUUGAAUUGUCUAGUUAGGCAAUGUCCUUGAUUAUCAUACUGUGUCAAGUAUUGACUUUGUCAUCCUCAAUUAAACAAAUCAAAAAGCCAAAUUAAUGAUUAGUGUGAAAAUGAAUGACUGCUGUUGUCACUGUCUCAGUGAUGCUCCUAAACUUGUGUCCAUUCUGAAAGAAAACAUACAUAAGAGGGGGAACGGAAGUUCAGGAUACAGCGUACACCUUUA